UGACCUUAUCUGUCUAGACUGUGUGACAAAGCCGCAGGUACUUUUCAACGUUGCGUGGGUUUAUGAAACAAAAUUGAAUAACACAAUAAGGAACUCUUGAAAGAGCUCAAAUGGCACCUAUUCUUGGUUACUGGGACAUUCGAGGGCUUGCUGAGCCCAUCCGUCUACUUCUAAACUACACUGAAACCGACUUUAAGGAUGAGCGCUAUGAACUUGGUGAUGCUCCAGAGUACAGCGCCAAGGCUUGGACCUCAGUCAAGUACACCCUGGGACUGUCAUUUCCUAACCUUCCUUAUUACAUUGAUGGGGAUACGAAGAUCAGUCAGAGUAAUGCAAUACUUCGUCAUAUAGCAAGGAAACAUGAUUUGUGUGGCACAUCUGAAGAAGAGAAAGUAAUGGUGGAUGUUGCAGAAAACCAGCUCAUGGAUUUCCGCAAAAAGUUUACUGCAUUGUGUUAUAAUCAGAACUUUGAAACAUUGAAAGAGAACUACCUUAAUGAUGUCAAGCCUAUGAUUAAACAAUUUGCUGAAUUUUUGGGAGAAAAGAAAUUUGUAACUGGAGAUAAGAUAACGUUUGUUGAUUUUAUCCUGUAUGAAAUAAUGGAUGAACACCAAAUUUUUGAUAGUACUUUGUUGGAGCCACACAAAAACCUUAAGGAUUUCUUGAAACGCAUUGAGGAACUACCUACCAUUGCGGCCUAUCUCAAGUCAGACAGGUUUAAACCUCGUCCUAUUAACAACAAGAUGGCAAAAUUCAAGUAAAUUGCGGUGAAAAGCGGGAUGAAAACCAAGCUUUCUGCUCUUUUAGCUUAGUUAUGUAGAUUUGUGUUGGUGAGAAAUAAAGUUAUCGUAGUCUGCACACAAGA